AUGUUUGCAAUUAUCUUAAUUUACGUUUUAUAUUUCAUUGCUAAUGCAAAGUUUGAACAUACAACAUCAGGAAUCAGGAAUCCAAGUAAAUUAUCAGAUUCCAAUGCUUCAAAAACAUUAAACUUGAAAAAUUUAACAGAUCAUUAUAUUCACACACCACAGAAAUCAAAUAAUGGGACUUCAUGCAACGGUAAAGAUACAUGUACACUUCCAAACCCAAGUCAAAAAGGUUCUACGAACACUACGAGUUUACCUAAUACGCAAUCUCACAAAUCUACAGUAGCUCCCUCUGUUCCAAAGCCAACACGCCAGGAAAUCCCACGAAGUGGUAAAAUUGUCAAUGGAACAAAACCAACGCCUGGUAAACCUGCUCCCUCUGUUCCAAAGCCAACACGCCAGGAAAUCCCACGAAGUGGUAAAAUUGUCAAUGGAACAAAACCAACGCCUGGUAAACCUGGGUCAUUCCUGAAAAGAGUUGGCGAUGGAUUUUUCGAUUUGUUCAGUGAACAAGAGUUUCAUCCAAUUAAUCAUAAGAGCUAUUUAUUCAAUUUCUGGUAUCUUUUCAGAACAUCAUUUUUGAAUUUAAAGAAUAUGAAAAACUUAUUACUGGGAAGUUAA